AAGGGUCGUGUGCAAAAGGUACAAAACAACUACACGAAUUCCACCGGUAGGCCGACCUCACUUGAAUAUUUCGAGGAAAGUGCGAGGACGGCCUUGUGAAAGUGAACAUCUACAGUAGCUGGGAGUUAGAGGACAAACCCAAUCAUGUCAUUGCUUACCCUCGAGGCCAAGUUGGAGAGGGUGGACCCCUCCACACAAUGGGGAUUUCGUAUGCAGGGAGGACAGGAUUUUAGUGCACCUUUAGCGAUACAGCGGGUACUUCCUGGAAGUUUGGCUGCCAAAUGUGGAUUACAACAAGGGGACAUAAUCCUCAAGAUUGGCAACAGCGAUGCCAAUAUAAUGAAACAUAAAGAUGCCCAGGGGGCCAUCAUGGGGAGUGGCAACAAACUGGACUUGCUGCUGCAGAGAAUAAGAGAAAAGAAAGCUAAAAAGCCAACAAAUAAUUAUAUUGGAAAAAAUUUGGAACAGUACAUGGAGGACGAAUCUACUACAGCAGAUCAAGGAGCCCCACCCCAUCAGUACCAGUAUGAGAAGUUCUCUGCCCCAGCCAUUCCCAGCAAGGCUGGAGGUCUCAUCCAGUACGACUCCACGUCAUCAAACUACAAUGUGUCUGCGCGUCCCUACGGAGCACCUACACCCCCCACCCAGUCUUCGACCUUCCAGUCCCAGCUCAACACCAUCGCACAGCAGACACAGAACAUAGACUUGACACCUAAGCCUGCAGUAGCAGAUUUCCAGACUGCUGCCCAGCGGUAUACAGAAAGGGAGGACAAACCCCCGUCGGCGUCCCAACAAUCUAAGUCAUUCAAGACUCUACAAGAAGCCAUAGAUAGUGGACAGGGUCCUCCCUCUGCCAUACUCCCCAUUCAGACAACUAACACUCCAGUCGAUAGGCGCAGCCCCUCCCCAAUCCAACCAGGGGUGAGCAACAUAGGAACGCCCAAACUGAAUACCAGCCAUGUCGCUCAGUUCAACAAUAUCAGUCAGUUCAACUCACCAGCAGGGCUAUACAACAGUGACAGUGCCAAUAGUUCAUACCGAGUCCAAAGAACAAACGGCAGCCCACCAGAUACUAGCAGUGGAGGCGAAAAGGAAGUGGAUGAUUUUGGCAGAAAAAUCUACCGACCAUCAGAAACAUUUAAACUUGUACAUGAACAAGACGAUCCCACUCCUAAAAAAGAUGAAAAUUUCAAAUCUAAUCCAUCACGGACAUUUCAGAUUUUACAACAGCAGCUAGAACCAGGAACAGCUGCCCCUCCACCCCCAGCACCUCCAGCCGUAGAUUCACACUCUGUGCCCUCAUGGGUACCUGGGGUUAGCAAGCGUCCAGACCUGCCCGUAGAGAUUGCUGCGGAGAGGUUGUCUGAUGUUCUCCAAGAUGCUCCUCAGGACCUUCCUCAGAUACAGCCACUCGUUAGCAAUGUGCCACCGGAUGUGGCUCCACCUCAACCAGCACCCCCUCAGGAGGCUCCAACAGAGUUGCCUAUAUGUGAGCCACAGGUGGAGGCACCCAAACCAGCCCCAGCCCCAGCCCCAGCCCAAGCUCCUGCUCCAGUACCCUGGGCCUCUACUGCCCCCAAGGCUGCUGCCGCAGCCCCCAAGGCUUUUGUACCUAAGGUCCAGUCCAAAGCUAGUGCCCCCGGUGGUCCUCGCCCAGGGGAUGCUCUACCUAGGCCAACAGGGACUGGAGCCGUAAGGGGUAAGAAGGGAGACGUGACUGUGUACCAGGAGGGACAACCCCUUCCAGGUGGAGCCAGGGUUCCCAUCUGUUCUACUUGUGGUAAUACCAUCAGGGGUCCAUUUGUGGUGGCAAUGCACAAGACAUGGUGCCCAGAUCACUUUGUGUGUGCCCAGCCCCGUUGUGGUGUGAAGCUUCUUGAUAUUGGCUUUGUGGAGGAGGGUGGCUUCCUCUACUGUGAAAAGGAUUACGAGACCUACUUUGCCCCAAAAUGUUCAGUCUGUAGCCAGGCCAUUGUUGGGGAAUGUGUCAAUGCUCUGCAGAAGACAUACCAUCCUGACUGCUUCACAUGUCACCAAUGUAAGCAAGCCAUAGGCGGUAACCAGUUCCAUCUGGAGGAUGGACAUGCCUACUGUGAACAUGACUGGAAACAAAUGUUCCAGACCAUGUGCAAGGGAUGUGCUUUCCCUAUUGAACCUGGCGAUCGCUGGGUUGAGGCCAUGGGCAGCAACUACCACUCCGAGUGUUUUAACUGCUCCACUUGCCAGGUGUCAUUGGAGGGACAACCAUUCUAUGCUAAGGCGGGCAAACCCUACUGCAAGAAACAUGCACGAUAGAGUUAUGUGAAAAUGGUAAUGUUGACGACCUACCCAACCCCUGUGUCAGCCCGGACAGGGUACCUUGUCACUGCAAUGUGAACUUAACGUCGUAUAUCACCAUGACAAGGCUACAACAGACUUCAGGGGAUGGAACCAGAUAUUUUAUUCCUCCAACAAGCUAUUGACAUUCAAAAGACUGUCAACUCCAAAUCUACAAACAUGAAUAAAAGACUGUAAGCCUAUACAAUUGAUCCUCUGAAGAAAGCAAACUCUUAUCCUUACUAUUGUACACAUUAGAACUAGGUUUUAAUUUCAUGUGUGAUAAAUUUUAAUCCUCGCCAAAUAUAUUAUCUUCAAUUUGUGUUGCAAGGUAGACAACCCUGUUCUCCAAAUCCUCGAAGCUUAUUUGUCUGGCAAGCGAGUUGAAAAGGGACAUAACUCCCAAAUUUAUCAAUUGCAUGCAUCUUAUUGACGAUCAAUCCUUAUUUGUUAAGCCAAAACAACAGAACAUUAACUUAAACCAAUUUCUUGAUUGGUUGGAGUCCAAGGCAAAGAUCUUGUCCUUUAGGUUGCCAUGAUCCAUGCCUGUAGCUGUAUGACAGGGUUCUAUCGAAAUUUUAAUACUGAUUUUUUUGUAUAUUUUGUAAUUGUAUACAUAAUUUUCAAAUAGCAUAAUAUAUUUUCCUAAUUAAUGUCUCGAUGAUUUACGCCUUAUCUUUAUUAUAAACUUUACUGGUCCCAGUAUUGGCUUUAAUUCAACGGUGGACAUGUGUACGUGUCCAUUCCAUUGCUAUGGUUACCAUAUGAAAUGAUCUUAUAGGUUGGAAUGGAACAAACCAAACGAUUGACGUCUUAUGACUCCCAUACUAUAAUGUCAUCAUAAUAGCGGGGUUAAUGUCCAUACAGGUGCUGAGGAUGUUUAAACUAAUCAGCAUUACAUUAGUUAGUACAAAACUUACCUGAAAGGUUGGCAAGGAUAUUCAGUAAACUGGUUGAGGAUGUUGUUGACUAUCUGAUAAAUGUUAUAUGACGUAUUUGUCUGUUUGCUUAAUAUAUGGCUUCACAAAAAUUGUCAUAUUUUUUCCUGAACUACUAAAUAUACAGCUUUUUUCUCAUCAGUAAAAUUGAACAAAUGUUUUAUAUGCUGCAAUUUUUCUCACUUAUCUGCAAAAUAAAAUGAAAGUUUGGCAUGUGUUUGACAGGCAUUUUAGUAUACAAAUGCAUAGUUCCUGUACGGUUGAUCUAGAACAAAGCAGGGACGUAUAGUGAAUAUAUACUGUCCCUGAACAAAGGUACAUAGUAAUUAUCUAUAUAUCAAUGUAUGAGUUAGUGAGACAUGAGUGAAGUAUAAAACCAUUGAAACAGAUAGCCUGUUGUAUAAGUCACAUUAUUUUGUGUGGAUUUUAUGUACAUAUAUGUAAAUUAGCAAUGCAUAUAAUACAAGCGACUCUAUACCAUUCUUUGCUAAAUGUACUGUAGAAUUGCAUCUAUUUUUAGAAUUUAAAUGGCUUGUUGUUUGAAUUACAUUUUCGUAUUAUUAAGCAUUAAUUAUUUUUACAUAAAAUUGAAUAUUUUGAUACUGCUGAUCAUGUUUACAACUAGUAAAGUUUUGGUCUUUAUGUCUAUUAUCAGUCCAAAGGGUUGGGGUCAGAAAGUUGGAUGGGAUAUCAGUGAACACGUCAACAGAUGUCUCGACUCUAAUACAGAUGAUAAAGUAAACAACUCUCUGGUGAAGAGGCUUCAUUACAGAUCUGAUCGUUUUUUUUUGUCACACUGAAGAUAUAUUUGUCAAUGCCCUAUUGGUUAAUCAGCCAGUUAUGUUUCCUGUAGAGGACCCAUCUCAAGCAGAAUACAAGAUAAACUUAACUACGGUAAUAUUUACAUACCAAGGGAAACACUAUCUCAUGUUCACCAGGGACCUUACCGAUAGUUUAUUGUAUUAAAAGAAACACAACUUAUGAUGUGACAAAUGUGUUAAAGAUUUUAAUCAGGUUAUAUAGGCUGAUAUAACCUGCAUUUAGGUUAUAAUGUAAAAUAGACAAAUUAUAUUUAUACAUUGUAUGUAAGCUUAUUCACUGCCAGGGUAUGACGUAGGUACUAACAUGGUUGGUGUAUGUGUUCCCGUGUAGCUCCAUGUGUACCCAUAUAUAUUUAUCUACAUCAAUGGCAAGUGUAUCGCUGUCUUACAUACAGGCAUCUUAUACAGGGUUCAGGCCGACUUUACUCCCAUAACAUAUUUUGUUGAUAUGUAUUUUUUUUUUUAAAUCGGUAGAAGAAAUAUUAUUUGCCAAAUCGUGACCUUUUAAAACAUGAUGUGAUUACCUGUCAUUGAAAAGAGGAAUGUUACUAAGUCAAAAAAGUAAAACUUUCAUAAAAAAUGUCCA